ACCACUAGGCAUUUCACACCCGCUGCCAAAACUACAGCGCGGGCUCCUGUAGAGAGCUACUCGACGAAACUUACCGGCCACCGUUCGCUUGAGACAGGACAUCAGGAUCAGAAGACAAGGGGUGACGAUAGAGACAGCUGGCCGGCCUUGGGGUCCCCCGUGUGAGCGAGCUUCAGUGACAAGCAUGUCGCAUAACUAUCCAGGUCAAGAGGAGUUGCGCUACCCUCUGUCAUACGGCAACCCGCAGCAACAGCAGCAGAGCAACCCUUCGGCGUAUCAAUACCAUCCAGCUGAGAAUAGAUAUGGGAAUCCGGUGCACACAGCGGAGCAGCAGUAUGACGUGGACUUCAACGGAGAUGUGGACUUGGAUAUGAUUCUCGGUCUGUUGAACGAGAACUCACCCACCACAGUACGACGCGCCGGACAGGCUGCCGCCGCCGCUGCCGCCGACGGAACGCUUUCCAAUCCGAAUGUAUCGCCAGAUGCUGCUAGCGGUGUGCCGUCUGGGCAAUUCUACAGUUCGGCAUAUCCCGGUUCAGCUGGCGGACACUCGUCGACCAACGUAGUCGGAUCCCUGUUGAGAGAGGCUGGAUACCGUGAUCCUGGGGACCCGUCCGUAGAUUCUAUUCGCAAAGCGGUGCUGAUGGGAACGUUGCCUUCGGACGAUGCCGGCCCAGGAACGAGUCAGCAAUGGAUGGAAAACAAUCGAGAUAGUGGCUUUUAUGGCGCCGACUUUGGACCGACGCCUGCCAGUCUUGGGUUUGAUACCCAAGAUCCUCCCGCUGGCCCACAUAUGAGGCAACAACCACCAGCGGUACGCGAGAGAUCGAAUGCCCCGCUGAACCAGCAUCAGCACGACCCAUCUGGGAAUCCUCGGAACGGGCUCCCCCCAUUAUCCAUGCGGAAUACGCAGAUGGGAGGUCUUCCGACACCGGCCUAUUCCGCUGAUACCUACGGACCGCCAUUACAUAUGCAACAGAGGGAACCGGAACAUGUACCCUACUCAUCGACGAUGGGGUAUGGAUAUCCGCCGAACUACUCUCGCCCGAUCGCUAAGCCGAAUACCCGCAGAAAGGCGUGUGAGCCAUGCCGACGAAAGAAGCUCCGAUGUGACGGCAACAGACCCGAAUGCUCCACUUGUGCCGCAUCAACACAAGGUCGCACGUGCGUCUACGCCUCCGUGGUGCCAACAAAAGGAGAUCCGUUCGCAGACGCUCAGGAUUCGGAGGAAAUCAUGCUGAAGAGGCGUCUUGCAGACAUGCAAGGGUUGGCGGAGAGGGUGGAAGCGUUAGAAGCAUCGUUGGCUGCUGCACGCAACAAGAACCAUCAAUCCGGGAAUGAGGACUGCAUGUCUGGAUCGGUGUCGCCGAAUUCGUUGACCUCAAAUAUCAAUAACGGAGCGGACGGUGCCACACCGCUCCAAAUACAAUCCAUGUCGGAGGAGGAAGCUUAUCAAAGUCCAAGCAUCGUUCUGGUGGAGGAUCGUGAGGCGAAAGCAUGGCUGGGACAGUUCAUCCAUCAAUUCGAUCAGCUCUGUGUGGACCCGCAAACGGAGGAGCAGCUAGAAAGCGUGUCGAGUCUGGCGCCUAGGCCCCAGCUCGAUAUGCUGCCGGAUCCGCAGGAACUGUAUAUCAACAAUGAUUUGCUGGAUUUGUACUUCCGCUAUUCAUCAUGCAUGAUCCCAUACCCAGUCAUUCACCCGGGAACCCUCCGUAAAAACAUGGCCAACACCCCUCCAAUGCUCCUCUACGCCAUCUACGCCAAUACUUGCCCCUACUCCACCGACACCAAAACCCGCAACACCGUCAACGCCUUCUACCGCCGCGCACGCAGCCUCAUCCUCGCCAAUCUCGAAAACCCAUCCAUUGUCGUGCUGCAGUGCCUGCAUCUGCUGAGCACCGCGUCGAUUAUCAAAGGGUCGUUGGAUACGGCCUGGACGCUGAUGAGCAUGGCGUGUCGGAUGGCGCAUUACUUGCAUUUGGAUCAGGAUCCUGAGGAACUGGGGUAUACGGAUUGGGUCGAGAUUGAGACCAGGAGGAGGCUUUGGUGGGCUAUCUAUGUUAUGGAUGCAAUCAGGAGCUCAGCGCAGAUGCGAUCAAGUUACUUCCAGCGUAGAAAAGCGUACACUGUCAAAUCGCCUUGCUCCGAAGGGCGGUGGGAGUUUUCGGACAGUGCAGGAAACCUGCCCAUUCACUUACAGGGCAUCAAGGACCAUAACUACAUUGCGUCGUGGACGAGCUUUGCGCCAAUAUAUGCAAAGGCGGUAACAUACAACUAUUCCGCGCUAGCCACCGGCGUCGAUCUCACCGUCUACGACGACCGCGCCAUGUCCCUCAUCGGCGAGAUCGAACACUGGUACCGCCGAUGUCCACCCACCGUCCAGUCCGUCCCGUUCGCCAACUCGUUCACCACGAACCCUCUCUCCUCCACCUCCGCAAUACCCUACCACGCCGUCAACAUCUACUUUUCCAAAAUCGCCACCAUAUGCGCCAUCCAACGCCCGCGCCUCAUCGCCGCCCUCACCAACAACUUCAAAGACCCACAGGCGGCCGAUACCAUCGAGACCGCGAAACGGGCCGCGGAAGCCGUUGCGCAUCUCGCAGGCCGCUUACUUGACGCCCCCAACCCCUCCGAACGCGACGAAGGCAUCACCUGCCACGCGCAACACGUCUCCAUCAUCCCCUCCAUGGGCAUCCUCGAAGCCGGGUUCAUCCUGAUCAUGAUGUCCGCCUACGAAGCGUCCAAACGCAACCGGGUGGAGUUCGAAACAGCGCAAAAAGGGUUGAGUGAUAUCGUCCGCAUGUUGAGAGCGUUUGGGAGACCGUAUUCGCCGCAGUUGGCAAUGGCGCAUGUCCUGGCGAAGGUGAAUGAGCGGAUAUUGGCGCAGUUGAAGGGGAAGAAACGGUUGAACGAGAAUGAGGGUGCGGGGACCGGUGCGAGGCCAACGUUUGUGAUUGCGGACGCGAGUGCGCAGAGGCAGCAGAAAAUUGGAUUGGGUGCGGAGAUGGAACGUGGGUUGCCGGUGCCGGUGAUGAAUGGGAGGAAGAAUGUUGCGGCUGGCGGGUGGGAGGGGGCGUCGGUGGGGAGUCACCAUCAGCAGGGAUUGAGAGGGCCGACGUAUCCCCCGCAGGUGGAUGCCCGCCAGUAUGGGCUUCAUCAGUAUCACUGAUGAUGCAGGAGAGGUGACAGACCUGUGGGAAAUGUGUGGGGACUCCCGUUGGAUGGGGAUACUUAUGGUACGGCAUUGUAAUUUUUUACUUGAAAAUCUUUUUUGGGUUUGGCGAAGGGACUAGGUUUGCUGGUGUACAUCUUCACUCCCGGUUUGGGCGUGCGAUUAUAAUAUG